CGGCCGCUAGGGAGGGGAUGAGAACAUUGCUCUGCCUGUUUUUCAGCUCGGGAGGGGGAGACAGACAGGAAUGAAAGCUCUUCCUCAGAGAGUCGAGGAGCAGGUUGGGUUUCGGUCGCGAAUUGAACGUUAACUGACCGACCGGCGAACAAGAGGAGUUGUCUAAAUCCUCGUCCGUACUUUACAGACAACCGCGCGAAUGGAGACGAGUGCAUGAGGCGGGAUAUGUGCAGACUUUGCUCGGAGCUAGACACGAGUCUAGGAUACUGAUUAGAGCUGAAACAAACCCAGCUCCAGUAGCAACUCUAUCCACACUUCACCUCCAACCCCCUCCUUCGCUCCUCAACCAGGAAAUCAUCGUGCUGUGCUGCUUAUCCUUCUUCCCACAGAUUGAACAAAAACACCAGACCCCUCCGUGGGUUGAUCCAUGAGGAUCUCGUCGGUUUCUCUAGUGUUUUCGCCUCUGGAAGUUACGUCUGAAGAGGAUCCCCGCUGUCGUCGAACAAUGAGUGAGUCAAGUAUCUGUCAGGCACGGGCCACUGUGAUGAUCUACAAUGAUGCCGAUAAGAAGUGGGUCCCGGCAGGCACGGGUCCCCAGACAUUCAGCAGGGUCCAAAUCUACCACAACCCCAGCAAUAACAACUUCAGAGUGGUGGGACGCAAGAUGCAGACCGACCAGCAGGUUGUGAUAAACUGUCCAAUUGUAAAGGGAUUAAAAUAUAAUCAGGCCACGCCGAACUUCCAUCAGUGGCGGGACGUUCGGCAGGUGUGGGGCCUGAAUUUUGGCACCAAGGAAGAUGCAGUGCUGUUCGCCAAUGGCAUGACACAUGCGCUUAACAUCCUCAACUCCAUGCCUGAUGGAGGUUACCCCACACGACCUGUGUCCAAUGGACCAUCCCCAGAAGAGCUGGAACAACAGAAAAGAUUGGAAAUGCUGAGGUCGGAGCAGCUAGAGCGAGAGAGACAAGAAAGAGAGCGACAGGAAAGAGAAAGACAAGAAAGAGAGCGACAGGAAAGAGAGCGACUGGAAAGAGAAAGACAAGAAAGAGAGCGACAGGAAAGAGAAAGACAAGAAAGAGAGCGACUGGAAAGAGAAAGACAAGAAAGAGAACGGCAGGCAGCUCCAGUAGUCAUUCCUCCAGCACCACCUUUGGCCCCUGGAGGCCCUCCGGCUCCCCCAGGACCUCCACCUCCCCCUGGGCCCCCUCCGUCUGGACCUCCCCCUCCACCUGGACCUCCUCCAUCAGGAGGAGGAGCUCCACCUCCACCGGCUCCUCCUCUGCCCUCUUCAGGAGGAGGUGGAGGUGGGGGAGAAGAAGGACUAGGUGGUGGGGGUCUCGCUGCUGCCCUGGCAGGUGCCAAACUCCGCAGAGUGACCAAGGAUGAUGUUGGUAGUGGUGGAGGUGGAGGUGGAGGUGGCCCUGCUGUGGCGCCAACUCCUAAAGCAGACAGCAGUCGCAGCAGUGUGUCUUUGCCCAGUGGCGGAGGAGGCCUGAUGGGAGAGAUGAGUGCAAUUCUAGCACGAAGGAGAAAAGCAGCAGAUAAAGGGGAGAAGGCACCCCCCAAAGCAGAGGAGCCCAGUAAUGAUGAUUCCGACGCUCAAGGCCCAGGUGAAUUUAGGAGACCAUGGGAAAAAUCAGCCACCAUGCCCAGGACUAACUCCGCACCCAGAGGUCUGGAGUCACCCUCUUCCUCUAGCUCACUUACCAGGAUGAAACCCAGUAGCCAAUCAGCAGACCCCGAAAGUGGAGAAGGAGAAUCAGAGAUGGAACGAAUUAAACAGGAACUGCUUGAGGAGGUGAGAAAAGAGCUUCAGAAGGUUAAGAAUGAAAUCAUUGGAGCCUUUAUUCAGGAGCUACAGAAACGAGGCUCUACAUAGUCCCACAUAAACUGAUGAGAAGGGAUCACUCAGUCCUGAGAACCCAGGGAUACACACACAUACACACACACACCCAGGGACUUAACCCUUAAUCGUUAUCAUUCAACACAAGAUGAGCUUUCUUGUACCUUUACCUGCCAAUGUUUUCUUUCACAUUUUGUUUCCUACUUAAUGUUUUACAUACCAUACACAUUGUCACGUUCAUGCUUGAUUCCUAUAAAACACUGUGCAAAAAUCCUCAUCAUAAACUCAAGACUUGCCUAAAAUUAUUGUAUUCAGGGAAUAUAGCAUAUCAACCAUCCCAGUGACUGUAAUUGCCAUAUACAGACCCGCAGAGGUAUGAUGCAACAAUGAGGCGAAAACAAGAUGGAUCUUAGAGAAAAAGACCUGCAGUCACACACAUUAUCUUCCACACACACAUACACCUUUGAUCGUCCAGAUCAUCAGGUCAGGUCCCACUCUUGCACUUUAUGCUGGGAAAUUUUCACAUCAGACCUGGUUUAGGGAAGACAAAAGCAUAUUUUUCAUUUGAAUUUGAAGCUCAGAGCUGUGUGUUUCAUGUGUGUGGAUGCAUGUGUUUAUGGAUGUAUGACUGCACUUGCCUCUGUUUAUCAGUGCCAUCUUGUAUGCGGUCACCUGAUCUGGUGGUGUGAAUAACUUCAGCCCUCAUUCGAGAUGUUUUUAAACUUUGUGUUGAGAUAUGAAAUAAUAUGGCCAUGAUCAUUUUUGUCUUUUGGCCAUGCCAAACUGCCUUGGAAAAUACAUAUACAUAUAAAUAUAUAUUUGUUUUGAGGGAAAAGAUAAAAAAACUUGAGAUAAUGUUUCUAUUUUAAUUGAAAUGAUUGGUGAAUGGGGAUUUAUUUUGAUUUUGAUGUUUUCUUUUCAGAGAUUAUUUUCAGUUUUCUGUUAAUUUUUUUUUUUUUUAUAGAAUAUAGGCUUUUUACACUGAAAUAUAUAAAGAAAAUUGCGUAGAGACACUGGAUUAGAUGCCUUUAUAGUCAAAUACAGCUGCUUCUUCUACUGCA